AUUUGAUUCACCCUUGUAUGAUGUUUUUUAAAUGCCAGAUGUUUCAAAAACUUUCUUUGAACUCACUUUGGUCUUUCUUUAUGAUACAGAUAAUAUUAAUUCUAAAUGUUGAAAAAGUACUUCAGUUUUGUACACAUAUAACUUUGAAAUAAGGUGUUUAAAGUUGUUUCAUUGUUGAAUGUUUGACAGCUUCUUACAAUAAAGCCAUACACUUUGUAAGAUUCUGCAAUUUUAGUAUCAAUAUGAAGUUGAUCGGCAAAUAAAACUACGUGCCUAAACCUUUUAUGGAUGAGCAACAUUACAAAGGUGUGUUAUCCAUUCUGUAGUUGAACACUAAAGGUGCUUUUUUCCUAGAAAAAGUAACAGUUUUAUAUUUUGCUAUGUUUAGUGCCAACUUAUUGUUAACAUAAUAUUCAUGAAUACUGUUGAGUGUUCUUUGAAGAUAAAUACAUCAUCUGUGGUGAUUACUUUGGAAAUGGAAAAUAUUUUCAUACUAUCCGCAAAAAAUUCUUGAUUAGUUCAGAGGAGAAAGAUAGCUGUGACCAAUUUUCAUAGAUGACUCUAUGGUAUUUCAUUUCAGAUAAUUUUUCAGACACGCAAAUAUAGUAUUAGGUUGGCUAUCUUUGGGUAGAAUACAUUCAUCAAUAAUUAAAUACUUCAUCAGCAUAAUGAAAAAGAAUAUUUAGUCAAAUAUGGUAACUUAUCUUUCGCAAGUAUCAAACCUAAUUUUGUGGAACUAUAUGGAACAGCAGUUAUUGUUUUGUCCUGAAUGGAAGUAAAAGGUAAUAUCAUGUUUUUCUUAAAUUAUUUAUUCCAGUGAUAUAAUAUCAAGUAUACCAAAUAUAGAGGUGUCUUCAAUGCAAUUCUCACAAUCUGUGGAUUUUCCAUUAACCCAAAAAGAUACGUGUACCCUCUCAGGUCAGUUGCAGACUCAAAAUGGUACAGGAGCUGGUGGUAUAAAUUUAAGUUGGAGACACAUAUUUUCCCAUAAAAGCUGGGCAGAAGUAGAAAUGUGUGCAGGUAGUGGUCCAGGCAUAUCUUUCAAAGGAUUCAGGACUCUUUCUAAAAGAUUUUUCUGGAAUGGUGGUACAAUACUGCAGUUUACCCCUGAAGGAAUAAGACCAGGAGUAAUGUCAACCUUAGCAAUGCAAAUAGAUAAAUAUUCUGUAGGAUACCUAUCUUAUCAAGGAGGAAUAAGGCAGAUAUUUUCCACUCAAGUCAUUAGAGAAACAGAAAAGAAUAGAUAUAAUUUUUCAAUACAAGUUGGCCUGCCUCAUUCAUAUGUUCUGAUGCAGUAUACAAGAAAAUUAAUCUCACAAGAGUUAAAACUAAGAAUUGCUCUGAAAGCUGGUACUUUUGGAGGUGUAAUAGAGUAUGGAGCAGAAAAGAAAAUUUCAAAAUUUAGUAAUUUAGCGUUUUCAGUAGUGUGUGGAGUACCUGCAGGAGUAAAAUUGAAAAUCAGGUUGACUAGAGCAUCACAGACAUAUUCAUUUCCCAUUCAUUUGUGUGAGGAAGUGAUGCCAGCACCGGUGUUCUAUGCUACUAUAGUGCCUUUAGUACUGUACAUUGUCGUCAAAAAAGGAUUUGUGGAACCUUUCAUCAAAGAGGAGAAAUCCAAAAAAUUAGAAAAACAAAAACAGGAUAACUUUAACAAGCUAUUGGAGAAACGAAGGGAGGCAAUGGCAGCCCAGGAAUUAAUGCAGGCAACAUAUAAUAGAAUCAGGGAUGAGGAGAGUAACAAGAAAGGAUUGGUUAUUAUCAACGCCAUAUAUGGAAAAAUUAUAAAAGAUGCUAGUCAGCAAGGUGACAUGGAGAUCUCGAAUGAUGUAGUGGAUGUUACCAUUCCAGUGCAGUGUCUUGUAAAAGACAGCAAACUUGUUAUACAUGAGAGAACAAAGAGUGAACUACCUGGAUUUUUUGAUCCAGCUUUAGGAGAAGAGAAAAUGUUACAUAUUAUUUACACAUACCAUGAUGAACCUCAUGAAGUGACAGUAGCUGACCAUGAGCCUGUAAGGUUACCAAAAACAUGUUCUCUAAUGGCCAAGAAACUCCAGUUCACAUAACAAUUUAUUUCUGGUCCGGGACAGGGGUCAACGGGUCUGAAUUAAAGCGAUUCCGAAAGGCCCGCUGCGUUGCGUUCACAGAACAUCCCCUCGAAAAGUAGGCAUCAACGGCAAAAGUAUGCUCCUCACUGUUCCAACGCAUGAAGACGACUGAACUCUCUCAGGACAAGUAUUUAUAACCCACCGUUGCCAACCCCAUCCGAGAGAAAAACUGUAUAUGAGCUUGAAAAAAACUAGAAUAUUAUUUAAACAACUGUACAUCUGCAGUCUUCCAUUUACAGUAUUUUUGUCGGUUAUUUAUCGUGGACCAAGGUCAAAAAGUGACAGUUUUGCAUUGCUAAAACAAAUUCUUUUUGAGCGGUUGUGGUCUGGUUGGCCUUGAGCGACAUAAUGACAGAAUUUCCAUUCAAUUUUCUCCAAAUUCACUCUAGGCCAACCAGAACCGCUCAUAAAGAAUUUGCUUUUUGCAUGCGUGAUCAGUUCUUAUUUUUUGACAUUGUUCCGCGAUAGAUACUCGUGAUUGCUUGCGAAUAGCACACUUUUGACUUAACUUGCAUCAAGUUCUUUUCGCAGCUGUUCUGAUUCUGGUUGAUCUCGACAUAAAAAUGAGAUGAAUUGAAUUCUGUCAUUUUCACUCACAUAAGGGCAACCAGAAUCAGAACCGCAGCAAAAAGAAUUUGAUUCAAAGUAGAUUUUACGUAUAAUUCGAUCUGGCAAGUGGGAGAUUUUACCAAGACCGAGUUAUUGUAUGGACGUCUUCGUAGUAAAAAAAUAGAUAGCGCGAGCAUUUUAAACGAAAAACUGAAAACUUGGAAGAUUUUUGAAAAACUGCAAAUGUACAUCUAUUUGAAAUUGUUUCAAAACUAUGUUAGUUUUACUCUUGUGCAUCUGUACUUAUUUUGCUUAUUGUAUAUUGACAAAAUUUUCUCUUUCCAGCUCAUAGGACAAAUAUUACCUAGUAUCAAAUUAAAAUGAGGAAAAGGAAAAAGGAGUCAUAGUGAAAAAUUAGAUAUAUGAAAUUAAAAUUGGCAUGGUAUUGGUGAAAUUUGAUUAUGUAUCAAAUAUGCCCAUGUGUUCAAAUUGUUUUAUUUGAAGCCUUGUUAUAAAAAUGUAUCUUUUUUGUAAAACAAUAAACUUGUUAUUCAG